AGAUAAAAUAAACAGUGGUCGCUGGUGUCACCUCUUUUGGUUUUGAGAUGAUGAUGCGUGCGAUCCCCUGACGCAAUUAAGUUCUUUGUAGCUGAAGGUUUUCGAACCCGAAGUAAUCUCAACCCCUCUGAGACUGAGAUUUCCUGAAAUUUUUUCCCAACUCUCCCCGGUUUGAAAUGAUGUAGGUGAGACGCAAAAGGUAAAUAGGUACUUAUGCUCUUCUAGUAGUUCUAGUGUUUUUAGCGCCGGUUAUUUUAUUUUAGUAGUUUUUACGGUUGUUAUAUAUUGUAGGACAUGGACAUCCAAAUCACAUUGAAGGAUCUCGUGUGCUUGUAGCUUUUGCUCGCACUCGUAUGACUGCUUCUGCGGACGCUCGUGAGUCUGUGUUUUUUUCUCUCUCAAGUUGAAGUUUAUUUAGGCUCUGCGAGUUUCUUUAUUUGUUUAGAGAAAUAUUAUCGAGUCUUUGGUCUUCCUCGGUUCAUCAACAUGAUUUUGCUGAGAUAGGAUGACGUAGAAGCUGCUUGCUGCAGAAGAAGAAGAAUUUCCUCCUCGUAUGAUGUUCUAUUGAAGUAAAGAGGUUCACUUCUCGACUUGUUCUAGAGAGUCUAAUGUGUUUGGUAUUGAAUGGCGUCGCCUUGAUGGUGGAGUAAAUACAUGAUCUUGGUAAAGUAAGGACGAGCAGAGCCAUCAUGUUGUCACGACCAGCAUCUCCAUCCGAUGAAGUAAAAAGUGCCUAUUUCUCGCUAUCGUGGACCUGCUUUGUUGGUGAGACUGCAGUGAUUUUCGCCGGUGGCUGUUUUUGUUACACUUACCCGCCAUGGACGCUGAUUUUGCUGUUUUCGGCUUUAUGUCUCCUGGAAGCGCUUUUCCUACGAACUCGGGGCCCAUUCUUCGAGGAUAUUCCCAUCGAGACGGAUGUCCUCGUGAAUGGUCAACAUGGUGCUCAGGAGGAGGAUGCAUUUCAAGAUGAGGUCCUCUGCUCUGGGAGUAGGCAGGCAGUCCGGAAAGGCUCUUCAGGUUCAGGUACAACAAUCUCGGCAGAUAUAAAUGCACCUGGCCUCUCAAGGCGUGUUGCGGGAGUCCUCGAGCUGAGCGAAAUUCGGAAUGGCAAAAAAGCGAACCCGAAAAGUGGCGUCGAUCAGAAGAAUGCAGUUGGAGCACCAGCAUUACUUGAAAUUCCGGGACUAGUCUCAGCUGCUCAUCAACAUGAUACAAAAGACGCCAUGAAUGCUGGACCCAACGCUAACGAGGAGGAAGAUUUUGUUGACCUCAGCAAGGGAUCUUCGUCCAAUUACAUGCGCAGACGAGAGCCCCCGAACGCAAUCUCUACCAAGAAGAUACUUAGAGACGAUGAUGAAGACGUCCAUUUAUUUACCUCUUCAACACUGUUAGGCUCUAGAAGUCCAGGAGCAACCUCAACAACGAGAACUGGAGGAGGAUCUUCUUCCAAGAACCUCACAACUACAAGUGCAGCAGGUGUCUCUGCAACCACCAGCACCACGUCAUUUUCGACGUCAAACUCAACUUGUUCAGAAGGUUCUUUAACCCCUUUGAGUUUCGGGAAGUCAGUUCUAAGUUUCUUCUUGAUGCACGAUGACGAGUUGCAGGAUUUCUCAAUUUACGGCUACGCCAUAAUUUAUUAAACUCAUCUUCAUCUUGUGCAACAACAGGAGCAUCUUACUCACGUAGUGACAAUCUCUUGUUACUGUUUUUACUCUACUACUUCCUUCUUGGAAGGACGAGUCGUGUCUUGAAUGCAGUUGAAGGGGAAAGCCAGGGAAGAUGAAGAUGAACCCAGUCAGUAAAGUGCUAACUUAUGCAGCAGAGUGAAACGCCAACCGGAAGCUCAUGGAGGAAGAGACAUCACGCUGCGUUUUACGCGCGCUUUUUGUUUCAUCUCGAAAGACAAGCCAAGAGUAGCGGCAUUGUUUUAGGCGGAUGUCUCUUGCCAUUGCUCUUUGGCGCUCCAGCUUCGGAGGCUGUUGUAGGUGUGACCGGAAUAGCAUCAGCGACUGGAGGAGGGUUAUUUCCACCACCUACGACCUCCUGGAUCAUAAACUUCAUCAGCUUAUUCUCGACAGUCUCGACGACCGGGACAAGUGAUUCUCCUUACGACCACCAGAACCACAAGAUGCUAGAUUCCAGCAGUCUAAGCGGAGCAACGACGUCUCUCGGGAAUGCUGGUGCAGUUCUACUGAACCUAGGUACAGGAGGAAUUGCCCUAGCUGAAGAUGGCGGAGACGAACAACUUUUCACGACCCCAACACUAAGGACUACCGCAGCAACAGUGGUUGACGAUGUCGUGCACAGAGGUGCCCCUAUUCCGAAGCACACGACGUUGAGGUUAAGGCUUCAAUGACAUAUCUUCGGGAAUUAUCCUUAUCCAUCUUUACUAGAAGCAUCUCUAGAAGCUGCAUGAGCAUCUUGGGGCGCCCUUCUAUCUAAGGGAAAAACAGGAUGACACCCAGGGCCUCUAAGGGAAAAUAUACAGACCCUCAGGGUGACACUCACAAGAUCAUGGAUUCGAGGAUGAAGAUCUUCUAAUGAGGGCUGCUUAUGUCGUCACAACAGCUUGCUCCAUCGUCGCAGCGGUUUUUCUACUUCUCUAUUACUGCGUCGUUGUGUUUUCUGCUUCCAGUAGCACUUCCUCGAACAAGAUGACCAUGUUGACGUCGACGGGAACAAGAAGACAACCAGGAAUAUCUAUAUCAUCAAAUAGUGCUGCGGCAUCAAGAGGUGCCCUUACUGCAACGAUUUUUUCCGUCUUUUUGUCCAUGGUCGCUUUCGCACUACUAGAGUUCGUUUUCCAGCUGAAACCGCCUGCGCCAUUAACAAACGCGGAGCUGUGCUUUGGGGUUCCACUCGUUUUCUUGCUGUCGAUGUACGCUGUGAUUGUCGUGUUGCGGAAGUCGUUUACGCUUGGGGAGGCCACGUUGUUGUCCCAAUGCAACGUGUUGCUCUCGUACAUGUUCUACCUCGUCAUCGUACAACAACGCAUCAGACUUAAGGCUUUUUGUUUUCCUAAUCCAUCUUCAGAAGCAUCUUAGAGACGUUCUGUCUGACGGAAAAACCGGAAAGGGCUCGCUUCUUGAGGGGACAAAGGUACAUUGGGAAGAGCUUCUUGUUCUUCUUCACAAAGGGGGCAUUGAGGAAUAAGGUCUCGUUAUCUUUAGAUAGAACCAUAACAAGCUUCUUCCCCAUCCGGCACUACACGCUUCCGAAGAAGAACGGAAAAAUAGAGGUGCAUCGAUAUUCGAUAACAGGAUUCUUUAGGUGGCGAAAAAGGUACAUCGGGAAGAGCUUCUUGUUCUCUACAAAGGGAAAAAGGUCUCAGGAUGAUGGAUACUUAGACUUUGUCUCAAACAUCAAGUUCAAGAUGGAUAAGCACCAGGGUCGUAAGCUCUAACACAGUGUCGAAAUUACGCAGUGUCAUCCUUUUGGGUUUGUUUGGGGCAGUCUUUAUCGCAGGUCACAUCUUCUGCUUGCAUUUCUUCUGUUGCAAACAGAGAAGAAGACGGUCUUCAGGCACGUUCUCAUGGCUCAGUGGACCACCAAGAGCUUCUUCUUCUUCUUCUACAUUUUCUGGAAGUCAUGAAGAUCAUAGAACAAAAACGGAUGCUGGCACUCCGACGGACGAUGAGACGACAACUUCUACGAAUAUUGUUCCUGCUCCGCGAACACCUAGUACUCGAACAGAAGCUCCUACAUCAAGCUGUUUUACUGCUUCUCUUCUCUUCUACCCAACGACUUUAGCGGCAGUGCUGCUCUUGUUUGAAGCGAUUUCCGUUUGGAUUCGCGAGAACUCGAUUCUCUGGAUUUUGAAGUACGUAACACAUCAUUCCGCGACACCGCUCCGUUUCAUCGCCUAUUUCGCAAGCGUCUUAGCGGGAGGGCUCCUUUUCGGCUUACCAUUGGUCCGCAAAAUCUCCGCCAGACGGAUCGUCACUAGGAAAUACUUUCACUUCUUGGCCAUCGUGAUGUUCGUGCCUUCGAUCUUAGUCCAUAUCCGAUUCUCAAGUCUCGCUUUUGCAGUCGCAUUUGCCGUGUUGCUACUGAUCGAUUAAGGCUUGAAGACUAAGGGUCGCGUGCUGCGUGAGGGUGAGCAGCGCAUCUCUUUGGCAUCUUUUACUUACACCAUCUUUUUUUACAGCAAGUUUGCGAGCAUCAUUUCCCACUUGAAAAGAGCUAGUAUGUAAAAAAGGUACCAAGAUGAAAUGGGCUCUCAUCAAUACUACCUGCUCUAAAUUAAGGCAUUUCGCAGUGCAGGCGUGCCGCCAGUUGCGCACUACGUUACCGAGUUCAUCAGUCCGUAUAUAGACACCCGUGAUGCAGGAACCGUCAUCCUAACGCACAUGUAUCUCUUACUCGGCUGUGCUGUGCCAGUUUGGUAUGCUUUUUUCGUCCACGUUAAGGCAAGUAUCACUUAGAUAGGCAGAGAGUAUCCUGAUCCUCAGCAGUCAGACUCAGAACCAUCCUUGGUGGAGGCCUUUUUCUCCUUGAAAAAGAAGUACCCAAGGAUCAUGCACUCGUCAAGGAUCUUCAUGCCAAUGCGCUAGCUCUAACCACAGUGGUAUUUUUCAAGCGCGCAGUCUGCUAAUCGCAUUGUCUGGUCUCACGUGUACUGGUGUAGGCGACUCCUUUGCUAGUAUAGUCGGCACGAGUUGUGGCAAGCAUCGCUGGCCCGGCGGGUUGAAAAAGACGAUCGAAGGCAGCUUGGGUUUCUUCGUCAGUGCUUUCGCGUUUCAAGCGAUCAUGCUGUACAUCUUAGGCUUCCACAACCUGUCUACGGAAUCCUGGCUACGGCUGGCACUGGCAGAUUUCUUGGUCGCGAUUUUAGAGGCAUGCACAGACCAAAUCGACAACCUGAUUCUGCCACUCUAUCAUUGUGCGCUGCUGCAGUUCGUCUGAUCAAGCCUGAAGAACUUUUUGGUUGUGGUUCAUCUUGGGUGCUGGAGACUCAAAAGGCUAUAAUUUCAGUACUCUGCUUCUGGUUGAUAAAGAGUGCUUUGGUUGAGAGGACUAUGAUUAAUAUUUUCGCUGGGACGAUCGAAGUUUUGGUUCAUGGUCAACAUGAUGAUCUAUGCGAAUUCCGCAUUUGGGUUGAGGCUUGCGCUGCUGAGCAUACAUUCAUCUUUAACUCUGAGUGCUAAAGUACUAUCUCGGAUUCUUGAAGAUGGGAAUGACUCUCGUUUCAUAAUAAUUUGCUUGCAAUAGCAUCUACAGAACGUCAGCCACUGUGGGGGCAACCACUACGACGUGGGCAUCAAUUAAGUCGAUACGUUCGGUGAGGACAGUUGUGAAGGUGAGAAGUCAGAGCGGGAACGUGUAGUCAACAGCAACGGAGAAUAACAACCUCGUAG